CUUUGAUGUAAACACAGUCACACAUGUUGCUUCUGCAUGUUCAGUUCUGCAGCCACAGAUUUCGCCUGUGCAGUUGCCUCGAUCGUUUUUCAGGAUACGAAUUCGAGAGCGAUGCUGACGAGCCCACAGAAGGGUUCUCCAGCCAUGAGCCUCUCCUGGAGGCGCCGGGCUAUGACACCGACCCGGCGCACAGCCUGGAGGGCGGUCAGUACCACGACUCCACGAGCUACGCAGGCUUCUGUCCGUACCAGCCGCAGAAGCACGCGACCUACGAAGUGUCUCAGCCAGGCCUUGACCCCGAGGCGCCCUACCAGUACUCGACCCCGCAGUACCCAGGGCCCUCGGGCUACUCGCUGCAGUGUCAGGACGAAGGGCCUCACGCUACCGCGGGGGGAUCCCUGGACUCGGCGGGCGGGGCGCGGGCGUGGGGCGCGUCCGGAGAGCAAGAGGGAGAGAAGAAGAAGGGGAAACGGGCGCAGACCUGCCGCCUUUGCGCUAACCACGGCCUUGUGGUGGAGAUGAAGGGCCACAAACUCUACUGCAAGUACCAGAAGCCCCACGAUUGCGCCAAGUGUGAGAUCACCCUCCAGCGACGCUACUACACAGCUGCUCAGCAACGCAUCACCAGAACCCAGCAGCUACAGCUCCAGGAAGGCCAGGAGCCGGUACAGGCAGGUCUCCCGCCUUCUCCUGCCAACCCAAGGGAAUUUCCCCGCCUCCCGGAGCUGCUGCAGGACUGCGACAAUAUCAUCGACGAAUCCCUCUUUGCUCGCAUCAACGAAGUCGUACGGCCUCGCUCUCACCACCCGCACUGACUCCCCUCUUCCCCCGCCGUUCGCUGGCCCUUCGGUGUACCCUACGAGCUGGCUCCUUGGUGUCCCCUUCCAUGUCCUGCAGUGGCUGCCUCUUGACCUCCGCGUUCGAAAGGAGCCGUAGCGAGUGCCGGAGCCGUUGCGGAUAUCAGGAUAAAUGGCUUUACAUGUGGUUAAAGAUGUCACUAAAUUUGUAUUUUUGUAUUAUCCUAUUUGCAGUUUUUAAUUAUACGCUUAAGGUGA